GAAGAACGGUAUCGGACUUCGGAAUAAGCCAGGUAAAAGGUGGAACCAGAAAAACGAAAAGAGCCGAUCGUACGGGCCGUAGUAUCGUCUUCCAUAGUGUUUUUUCAACAAAAUAUAAUUUGAAUUUGAACGUUCCAAUAAAGAAAAUCAUAAGAACACUCUAAUUCGGUGUUACGUAGAGUGUUAACUUUCAAAACUUUCUUCUGGCAAGCUGAUAGCGUUUGAACCCGCCUAACAGCGAUGGCACGACACGGUUCUUGGACGACCAUAAUCCUAGCGACAAUAAUUGUCGCGUUUUUACUUGGAUUAAUUACGGAAAACGCAGCUACCAUAGCACAACCAAAAGCGCCUAAUUUUCAAUAUUUUGAAAGGCCUAAAUACCGUUACCCAUACUACGAUGAAAAUGGCAGAGGAAAGUUGCUCUACGGUUAUGGAGGACCAGAUCUAUACCAAUAUAAAACUUACAGCGCACUCGAGGGAAUCCAUUAACAAGAGGACACUUGAAUUACACUAUACAAUGAACCAAUCGAUGAUCUUUCAAUGAACUGCAAUCGUUACUGCAUAGGGUGAUAGUUUGUUAAGUGAUACUAUAAUAUUAUAUACAUAUACACGAAUUUGCUUCCGAUUGCAAGAAAUCUUUUUACUAUUUGCAAAUACGUAAAUCAUUUAUCUUUCCUUGUUAUCGGAAGCAUAUCGGGUUUCUUAAUGAAAUUAAGGAACAUUACAAGAUCGUUUAUUUUCCCAAUUAUAAUUACUUGUAUUUUUUUUUAAAUGCAAUCGAUUCGUGUACUUAAUUACGUCGUAAACAUAUGUUUCUUUGUCACGGAUUAUGUUUUGUUAUUAUUUUAUAACAUCGCGCGACCCAAAAGGAUACAGACAGUAGUAAAAAUCAGUGAGAGAUGUGUGUUAUUUUUUUUUUCAAAAGACAAGUUGCUUUGUUAGUAAAAUAGAUUAGAAAAGAUGUAUUAGAUAGAACAAUAUCAUGGUUGAUUUGAUGCGAAUAUUACUAUAAAUACGAUUGCGAAUAUUAUCGUUAAAAUUCCUCCAUUCUCUACAAAAAAUGUGUGGAAUGUGCUUAGAGUAACUAGAAUCUAUGAUGUGUUUCAAUAUCAAUAGUCACCGUGAAGUCGAGAAACGGCUAAAUUCUAACUCUAAAGUUCACCUAUCAUAACACGUCAGAGAGUCUGAAAAUUUGUAAAUGUUUAAAAACGCAGUCAUUGUAAAUCUUACGAUUAAUUAAACGCGUGGAGAGCACGAACGUGUUCGUUCUGCGACAAGUGCACAUACAAGUUUUACAAAUGUGCAAGCAUAGUCGAGUGUUAUAGCGAGAUACUGUUGUUAAACAAACGAAUGACUACUACCCGUACGAUGUGUGUUGGGUUAUUAUUUUAUUCCAUAUGAUCCUUGUCCGCCUUAUCUUCGGCAGACUGCAACUGUCAUACAAAAUCCAUUUCUGAUUUACUGUAAUAUUGUGUACCUGCUCGUCGCCUGUAAAGUUGUCUUUCUACGAACUUCUUUAUCUCGCUAAUUAUAAAUACACUUGACGUGAGCGCAACGAGGAACAGGAUGUCUGUUAACAAAUAAAAAUAAAUGUUUCGUUUAAGAA